AUGGACACCAAGAACUUCACACAUGCCAUGCGCCUAUUUAAGGGCGUGCCUGUGUGGACGCCCAUCAACCGUCCAGCAGAUACUCACCUUUCCAGAGAAAGGUACUUGCUGGAGAGCCAGUGGAAGAGGAACGCUCCUCGAGGUGUUCUUUUUCGUGCAUCUUCCAUUUACAUCCUCUGGUUUCAACAUUUGUUGACUCCCUUCAACGGGCAACAAAACGGCUUUCCACAAGUGCAGGUUCAAGAACUCACCAAGCAUCUCUUACUGCAACAGAAGCCACAGACUUACCCAGCUGGACUGGAAUUGACGCUUCUUCAGCGUUAUUCUCUGGAUUGA